CUAAUCUAGACUGGACAACAAGCGACGCAGGCCGAAAACUCGUACAAAGCCAAGCCCGAAGUCAAAUGUAUCACCAAUGACCCAGCCCCUAGAAGCCAAAUUGACACCACAAGACAUUGACUGGAAGCUGGCUCAAAGGGCCCACACAGAAAUCUGUUUCAGCAAACUGAUUGCCGGUAUAGGUUGUUCACCAACGGACGAAGAUCUUGACGGAGAGAAAAGUGUGUUCUCAUAUGAUGAAUGGAGCGUAUAUAUGAGAGCAUUCGGGUCAAUGUAUCGCAAGCUCGGCACAUCUAUGGACGGAUUCUGCCGUUACGUUCACCUCAGCAAGUCUGCAUUUGGAGAGAAGCAUCAGCUUUUUAUACCCAGCAUUAUCAUGACGCCGCGAAUAAAUCUCUUCUCGGCCUCUCGCUCUCUCGUUCUCCGCUCAAAGCCUUCAUGCGCAUUAUCGCGCGGCAGUCAAGUCGUCUCUCGUCAAACCGUACCGGCCUCAUGCCGCAGCUACGCCGAAUCCAAACUACCAAAGGCUGAGCCCGGCCAGAAGGGCAUGAAUGAGGAGAGUCUACCUCAUGUCAGUGAAGAAGCUGCUGCUGUCGCUGGAACGACCGGUGGGACCGGGCCAGAUCUAAGCCAAGGCACACCUGUGGAGGAAGCUGUCAAAGGCGAACAGAAGACCCAAGAUAACCUUCCCAAAGUUAUGCAACAGGAGAUCAAGCAAGCCAACAAGCCUUCAGGCUCUCGACCGUUCUCUACAUCAGCACGUCAAUCGCAGCUCGAGCCUAUGCAAACCUUUCCAGCUGGAUUGAUGGCUUCCAGCGCCCCACCAGCCAUAUCCGGCUUCAAAUUUGAGCCAGUACAGAUGCCAAUUCCGCGAGAGCAGGUCAUGAAGUAUCGCUAUCACGAUGUCGUCGAGCAAGUCACGAAUCACAUCAUGAUCGAUGGGAAAAAGAGCCAAGCGCAGCGACACGUGAAUGUCGUCCUCGAGCGUCUCAGUCUUUCAUCACCUCCCGUCUACAAUCCAAGCACGCCGCUUCUACCCGGAACGCCACCGCCUUCCCAUCUUCCUUUGAAUCCGAUACUCUAUAUGACUCUUGCUAUCGACGCCGUCGCCCCCCUCGUGAAGGUAAAGCAACUCCGUGGACUCGCUGGUGGAGGCAGAGCCCUGCAAAUGCCAAUACCCUUGUCGAAGCGUGUUCGGAGACGGAUUGCCAUUGGUUGGAUCAUCAGUGCCGCUACAAGCAAAAAGGGGAAUGGUGCAAAUAAGGAUGCCUUUGGACAGAGGUUAGCAGAUGAAAUGAUAGCGGUGGUAGAAGGCAAAAGCUCGGUAUGGCAGAAGAGGUUGGAAUUUCACAAGAUGGCCACAACUGCUCGUGCAAAUGUUGGCUUCAAAUUUCAUAAACGCAAAUUCGAUGACUCCGAUAUCACAUUUUGGAGAACGAAUACUAGCCGAGGGACAAGUCGCUUUGGACUCUGGCUAGUACAUGAGCUUCUUAAAUUGCAGUCGAUGGGCACGUCGUCUCAAUCCAUCCGAUGUAUGAUUCGAAAUGACUCGUCUAGUAUUCAUCUCGUUCGCAAUCAACACCCUGUCAAUCAAGCCACGUUUCAAAAGACAACGCCCCAGUAG